AUGAAGGGUUUCAGACAGAGAGUGCAUGAUCAGCUGUCGCGGGCGAAAGACAACAAGUCAUCGAAAAAGAAGGACUCCAACUCCGCUUCCCAGAACCAAGCGUCUCUUGGCGUCUCCAACGCACAGCAAUCUACCUCUCCUAGCCAAGGCACACCUACAUCGUCUACGACCUCACUGAACGACCCGCGCAACAAGUCCCCCGACAAUACCUCACCCGCUGGGGCUCCUGCGGGCGGCGCGCCCCACCCUGGCACCCCAGUUCAGCAUUACAUCCCACAAGCCGGCGCCGCAGGCCAGCCCUCCAAGCACGCAUGUUCCUCCCCCGGUGCUGCAGAAACAAUGCCCGGUGACCUCGCACCCCCAAGGAAGUCUCACGUCUUCGACCGCCUGCAGACCACACCCAAGGACAUGUCGGAAGGCAUCCGGACGCCCAAGCGCCAGCACUCUUCACGGUUUGACAUCUCCGAUCAGCGCCAAAGAGAGUUGGAGAAGCUUCCAGGCUUCCACGAAGUCCCUCCUAACCGGCGCCAGGACUUGUUCAUGCAAAAGAUCGACCAGUGCAAUAUCAUCUUUGACUUCAACGACCCAACGGCCGACAUGAAGUCCAAGGAGAUCAAGCGCCUGGCAUUGCACGAGCUUCUGGACUAUGUUGCCAACAACAGGUCCGUUAUCACAGAGCCCAUGUACCCUCGGGUGGUAGAGAUGUUUGCCAAGAACCUGUUUCGUCCCAUCCCCCCACCUCUGACUCCCCAGGGUGAAGCAUUUGACCCGGAGGAAGACGAGCCUGUUUUGGAGGUCGCUUGGCCCCACAUUCAGGUUGUAUAUGAGUUCUUCUUGAGGUUCAUCGAAAGCCAGGACUUCAACACAAACAUCGCGAAGGGUUACAUCGAUCAUCAAUUUGUUCUUUCGCUGUUGGAUCUCUUCGAUUCGGAAGAUCCCCGGGAACGUGAUUUCCUCAAGACGACUCUGCAUCGCAUUUAUGGCAAAUUCUUAAACCUGAGAUCUUAUAUCCGCCGAUCUAUCAACAACGUUUUCUUCCAAUUCAUGUAUGAAACGGAGAGACACAACGGAAUUGCCGAAUUACUCGAGAUUUUGGGCUCCAUCAUCAACGGUUUCGCUUUGCCCCUAAAGGAGGAACAUAAGCUCUUCUUGACCCGAGUACUUCUCCCUAUGCACAAGGUCAAGAGUCUCAGCAUGUACCACCCACAAUUGGCAUACUGUAUCGUGCAAUUCUUGGAGAAGGACUCGACACUUACUGAAGAUGUCGUUCUUGGCUUGCUGCGCUUCUGGCCCAAAACCAACAGCACCAAAGAAGUCAUGUAUCUUAAUGAGGUCGAAGACAUCUUCGAGGUCAUGGACCCUGGCGAGUUCGCUAAGGUGCAGGAGCCCUUGUUCAACCAGUUGGCCAAGUCUGUUGCCAGCCCCCAUUUCCAGGUCGCCGAACGGGCAUUGUACUUCUGGAACAAUGAGUAUUUCUGCAAUCUCGUCAGCGACAACGUGGAAACAAUUCUCCCCAUCAUGUUUGCUCCUCUCUACGAGAACUCCAAGGGGCACUGGAACCGAACGAUCCACAGCAUGGUGUACAACGCCAUGAAGAUGUUCAUGGAAAUUAAUCCUCAACUAUUUGAUGAAUGCUCACACGAAUUCACCGAGCACCAGAACAGUGCCGACCAGCGCGAAAAGCCAAAGACCGAAAGAACGGCAUUCCUCCACCCCCGCCCCCCCGCUCUCGACGUGCCCGAGCCCAUUGACGAGGUUGAGGCUAUGACCCACGAGAGUCAAAAGCGACUGAACACAUUGAAGUUGCAGGAGGAACCUGACGAGUCAAAGGACCGACCCAGCAGGGAAGGAACCCCCAACUCGCGUGAUUCUAAUGUGAGAACGUCCGUUUGCUCCAGACACGACGCCGAGGCUCUAUUCGCAACAGUGGUCGGAGACGACGAAGCGGAAGCGGCAGUGAAGUUCGCCCGCGACGACGAUCGGUCGGCAGUGGUACCAGCGCGACCAAUGUACAGAUUUUGCAUCGUAGCAAUUCUACAAAAUAAUGUCUCGGAGGGAAUGGACUGCUGA